AUGUUUGUUAUUCGUAUUGGUAAUCAAUUAUAUAUAAAACACGAUUCAGAUGAAUUUAAUUCAGAAUUUAAUACUACAAAUACCUCAUCAAACUCAACAGAUAUACUCUAUGAUAAUAAAACUGGACUUCCAAUAUUUUAUAAUCAUGAACCAUCAAAAUACAUAACUGCACCAACUCCCUGGCUUAGUGAUAGGGAUUCAUCAAAUGAAUCUGUUAAGCAAGGUUUAAGUACUGGUUGGAUUGUCCUCUAUGUUUGUAUAGCUAUAGCAUGUAUUUUGAUAAUAACAGUAAUAACUAUUACGGUUACUAGACAUAUUAGAACAAGAAGAUUAGCAGAAUCAAGAAGAUCGCAUAAUAUAAAUAAUAAUAAAGGAGUUUUAAAACCAAAGGCUCAAACUACUCAAGUUACACAAGGUAUUUCAACUUAA